UUCUUUGUUUCUUUUUUUAGUUAUUCGUAUGACCAAACCUGGAUCUAAUUUCAUUGGUUCUGUUGCUCGAGAAUUCUCAUUUUAGUCAUUCGUUCAUGUUUCUGUCCUUAUAUUUAAUAAUAUAUGUGGAGCUAGGAUUUUUAGUUUAUGGUUAUUGAAUGCUUUGUUCGGAAUAAAUUAUUUAUACAUAUUGAGUGGAUCUUUUAACACAAAUAUAUGGUCUGAGGCUCUCUGAGCCAAGAUUCUUCGAACCCGUUAGCAGAACUGUAGAUGUGUUUUGUCAUUUUGGAGAUUUAGUGGAUUCUUUUGGAUGAGUGUUGUUUAUUGUAUAAUUUGAGUAAUGGGGUCUUUUGCUUUGUUGAGAUGUUUAUCUUUUUGGUAUGUUUGGUUUCAGUUCUAUUUGAGUCCAAGAUACAUAUUCGUUAGUGGAGUGGAUUCGAAGGAAAGCUGAAAGAACGCGAAGCCAAGUUAUCAUUUGUUUGUUGAAUGACUAUAGGCAUACAUACAUGUAUAUUUUUUUCGUCUAGGAAGGGAUAUAAAUGAAAAGUGGGCAUUGAGGGAUGAGGUUGUAGGAGAUUUACUUGGUUGUUUGAGAUGGAGAAGAGGAACUGGUUGUGGAAAAGGAGACCUACUGAGAAGAGCCUUGGGGAAACUGAGAGUUGUGGUUCAUUGUCUUCACAUUCAGAGAGACACUCUGAUGAGCAGCAGGAUGCAUUAAAAGAAACUCCAGAUCAUGACAACCAGUCACCGGAAGUAACCUCAAAAGCUGCAACUAUUGAUCAUGAAGCAAAGGAAAGUCCUAGGAAGUUGAUAGAAAAGUUAUCAGCUGCUAUAGUCAAUGUUAGUGCCAAAGAAGACUUAGUUAAGCAGCAUGUUAAAGUAGCAGAAGAAGCUGUUGCAGGUUGGGAAAAGGCAGAAAAUGAGGUUGCAGUUCUAAAGCAGCAACUCGAGGCAGCUGUGCAGCAGAACUUGACUUUGGAUGUUCGCGUCAACCAUCUUAAUGGUGCUCUCAAGGAAUGUGUCAGGCAGCUGAGACAAGCGAGAGAUGAGCAAGAGCAAAGAAUUCAGGAUGCUGUGGAAGAGAAGAAAAAAGAAUGGGACUCUGUGAAAGCUGCACUUGAAAAUCAGCUACUUGAGCUUCAGACACAAGCUGAGGCUAGUGGAACUGGUUCUCCUGUUUCUACUGAUCCGGAUGUUCUUGUCAGGCUUGAGUGUCUAGAGAAGGAGAACACAGCUCUUAAACUCGACCUUUGUUCUCGUUCAGAGGAGUUGCAAAUUACGACCAUAGAGCGUGACUUGAGCACCCAAGCAGCUGAAACUGCUAGCAAGCAGCAGCUAGAGGGCAUAAAGAAGGUGACCAAGCUUGAAACCGAGUGUCGAAGAUUACAAGCCUUGGCUCGCAAAUCAUCCCUACUCAGUGACCAAAGAUCCUUUGAUAGCCACAUGAUGCACAAACUGGAAACAAGUGAAUGGGAACAAAGUUGCUCUGAUUCAUGGGCAUCAGCACUAAUUGCUGAGCUCAAUCAAUUUAAGAAUGAUAAAGCCAUGCCUAAAACUCUUGUUGCCCAUUCUAUGGAAAUUGACAUGAUGGAUGAUUUUUUGGAGAUGGAGAGACUCGCUGCAGUAUCUGAAACUGUGAAUAAAGCCUCUUCACUUACAUGCGAUGCUGUUGCCCAUGACUCCCCAAUUGAAGAGAAUCCCCUGGAAGCAGAAUGUGAGGCCAUUUCACAAAGGGUAGCCGAAUUAGAACAAAAGCUGGAGAAGAUUGAAGCAGAGAAAGCUGAACUGGAGAAUGCUUUAUGUGAGAGCGAAGAUGCCCUUAAGGUGUCCGACUUGCAGCUUAAGGAAGCUCAAAUCAAGAUAGAAGAGCUGCAGAAGGAGCUAGAUGUAGUGAAUGAGUCAAAAGCGUUGCUUGAGGUUCAACUCUUUGGCAUGGAAGUAGAAGCACGGACUAUGUCAACAAAUAUUGAUUCUUUAAAGACAGAAGUUGAAAGAGAACGAUCCUUGUCAUCUGCUCUUAAGGUGUCCGACUUGCAGCUUAAGGAAGCUCAAAUCAAGAUAGAAGAGCUGCAGAAGGAGCUAGAUGUAGUGAAUGAGUCGAAAGAGUUGCUAGAGGUUCAACUCUUUGGCAUGGAAGUAGAAGCACGGACUAUGUCAACAAACAUUGAUUCUUUAAAGAAAGAAGUUGAAAGAGAACGAUCCUUGUCAUCUGAUAUGGAAACUAAGUGCCACGAAUUGGAAAUUGAACUAAGAAGAAAAUCUCAGGAAGCUGAACUUCAGAAAGCUUCUAGUUCAAAUGGUGAAUCGAAAAUAAAGCAGGAAGAUUUAGCUGUAGCUGCUGACAAGCUUGCAGAAUGCCAGAAAACAAUUGCAUCUCUUGGCAAACAGCUUCAAUCAUUAGCUACUUUAGAAGAUUUCUUGAUAGACACUGCAAAUCUUCCUGGAUUUUCUCGGGGAGGACCAGUUGUGGCUAGAGCUAGUGGAGAGGAAUGGAAGUUGCAUGUAAAUGAGACAUUUACCCAAAGACAGAAUCCAGAUACUUCAAAGAUUGGCAAUUCUAGUAAUUCUAUGAAUGGAAAUGAAGGAGAAUCGUCAUCUUCUUCCUCGUCAUCAUCUACUUCAUCAGCUACUCAGGUGAUCACCUCCAAAAGUAAAAAUGGUUUUGGGAAGAUGUUUUCUCGAAGCAAAACUGGAAUUCAGCUCUAAAAUAUAAGAGUGGAAUUGGGUCCUAAAUCAAAAGGGAUAAAUACAAAAGGAAAGCCAAGAUGCAGAAACAAAGUUUUGUCAGUCAUCACACAGUCAUAUGGUAAUGAGUAGGAUGGCUAAUGAAAUUUUGUUUAAUUAGAUAAUAUGUGCUUUGAAAUGGUUGUGAAAGAGUGCAUAUCUAUCAAAUGGCAUUAGAUCAUGACUUUCUGGUGCUC